UUUUUUAUUAUCUUAUACAACACUGUGUCUAUAGGGGGCGCUCUGAGGGUUUAUAAUGAAUCAUCAGCAGGAAAAGAAACAACCUGCAAACCAAACACUGCGUCUGCGGUUCACUCUGUCAUUUAAAGGUGAAUUGUGUGUAAUCUCUGCAGGAAUGGAGCACAGUUGUGUCCUUGUGCAAGUCCUGAUCUUCCUCAUGAUGACUUUUCCUCAGGCAUCUGCAGCCACACACUCUCUGCAGUACAGCUACACUGCACUCACACCAGGAAUACAUUUCCCAGAGUUCACUGCUGUUGGUCUGGUGGAUGGAGAACAGUUUGUGUCCUAUGACAGUAACAUGAGGAAGAUGAUCCCAAAGACAGAGUGGAUACAGAAUAUCAGCACUGAUAGUCCAGAUUACUGGAACAGAGAGACACAGGACAUACAGAGUAAUCAGGAGAAAGUCCAUCAGCUCCUGGUUACAGUAAUGAAAGACUUUAAUCACACUGAAGGAUUUCACACACUCCAGAGGAUGUACAGCUGUGAGCUCCAUGAUGACGGCACUGUCAGAGGAUUCGAUCAGUUCGGUUAUGAUGGCGAAGAUUUCAUCAGUCUGGAUCUGAAAACUGGAACCUGGACUGCAGCUAAACCACAAGCUGAGAUCAUCAGGAACCAGUUUAAUAAUGAUACUGGUUUUACUGUGGACCAGAAAAACUACCUGGAGAACGAGUGUAUCAGCUGGUUAAAGAAGUUUGUGUCUUAUGGCAGAGAGACUCUUGAGAGGAAAGUUCGUCCUGAGGCAUCAGUGUUCCAGGACGACUAUUUUUCACCAGAGGUGGUGUGUCACGCUACAGGUUUCUUUCCCAAAGCAGUGAUGAUCUCCUGGAGGAAGGACGGAGAGGACGUGCAUGAGGACGUGGAGCUCAGAGAGACAUUACCCAACCAGGAUGGAAGCUUCCAGAAGAGAAGCAUUCUGAAAGUCCCAGCUGAGGAGCUAGACGAACACAACUACACCUGUGUGAUUCAGCACAGCAGCUUGGAGAAGGACAUAAUCGUGAACAUAAUCGAGCGUGAAUACGUGUUUUAUUGUGGGUAUGGACCUGAAGAAUAUGAGGAAGUUUUGGGUGGAUUAUCACGUGGAUUGAAGAUUGCUAUCAUUAUUGGUGUAGUUGUGGUUCUAGUUGCCAGUGUUGCAGGAUUUCUCAUCUGGAAGAAGAGGAAGAUGUCUGACUUGUUCAAACACGUUCCGCUCAGCUCCAACGCCUGAGACGUGUCCUACAAAUAGAUGAGGAACUCUUACACACAUGUUUCUGCACGAAGUUCCCUUUCUGAUUAAAACAAAAUGUACUUUUGAAAUGCUGAACACUGAAUAAAUGCAUGUAUCUUUUAUUAUUUUUUGUGAAUUGUAAUUUUUAACUGUAGCCACUUAUAAAAUGUAAUCACUUGC